GACUAUACUUUAAUUAAUUAUAAUGAGACUAUUGAGAAUAAUAAGGAAUCUGCUGUCAGUGACUUAAACAAAUUUUUAAUUAAACACAAUCUUUCAAUAAAUAAUAGUGAACCUGAACAAAUUUUCCAAAAAUUAAACGAAGAUUUCCACAAUAAGUUCAGUUAUGCAGAUACUUUAAAACUUGUUUCAGAGAAUUUGUUAAAAGAAAGUAUUAAUGUGAUAACAAGUUUAAAAAAUUUCACUCAGAUGGAAAAUUUUUUCAAUAUUUUAGACAUUUGGCAGAUGAAAUUAGAAUCAGCUUCUAAUGUUAUUUGUGAUAUUACACCCAAUGACAAUACAAUUUCUUAUAACAAUGGUACAAUCAAGCAUAAUAGUAAAACUGAAAUAGCUGCUAUGAGGCUUCAAGAACUAUUUGAUAGCAAUAAUAUUUCUAUAUCUUCUUAUAUGUCUAAUAUAUCUUCAAAUACAAUCAACUCUCUUGAUACACCAAUCAUUGAAAUAGAUAAUGAAGUGAGUUUAAAAGAAAGGAUUCAGCAAUGGUCGGAUCAUGAAAAGUUUUCAAUAAACAUGGAAAAGGUGAUACAAAUUCAUAGACUAUAUCAUAUGUACACUUUAAACAAUUUAUAUAAAGAAUUAGAG